GAGAGAGAGGAGGAGGUGGAGAGAGGAGCACAGACACAAACCGGCGUGUCUCUCUCAGUGACACACCGGGGAGAGCGGUGUGGUGGUCUCGGGUCCUCGCGUAGCUCCGGGGGGUCUCUCUCCCUCCCUGCGUCCCGGUGUCCUCCUCCUCCUCCUCCUCCUCCUCCUCUAUAUCAUAUAUAUAACCGACAAGGAACCUGGAAGGGACGCACCACACCACGCACACACACGCACACACGCACGCACGUACGGGCAAUCCCGGAAAUAGCAUGCGUACUCUCAGCCUGUCACGUAGGCUCGCGGAGGGUUUGCAGCGCUGCAGCCGCUCGUAGAUCUCACUACAGCCUCCAGAUGUUUGGAAACAAUCCAGCUGCUCCAGAGGUGUGAGUGAGACUCGGUGGGGACCACGAGGGGUCGGGACUCGGACAUGAAACUUCUCCCCCCCGCGGUGUGGCUCCGCUGCUCAGCCACAACAUGAGGAGAGGACGUGAGCUACGUGCGCACCCAGCUCAUGACGAGAUGAAAUGGAGAGCUGGGGACACACGGACCUUUUAAACCCGAGCUCCUCCCGCGGAUCAGCAGCCUCAGUCCCGCAGCAUCUGCAGCACCAGCAGCACCACCACCAGGACCAGGACCACCAGCACCAGCACCACCACCAGCACCCGGACAUGGGCUUCUGCUUGCCGGCGGCCGGGAGCCCCACCGCCGCGGAGCUCCUCGCUGGUCUGGCCUCUCAGACCGACUCACCUGGGAUCACCGCGCCGACCAAGCAGUGCAAGACCGGCGUGCCGCUCUACAGCGCCGGGGUGGUGUCUCCCUCCGCCACCGUGGAGGGCAGCCACGCAGGCGUGCACGCCCACACGCCGAGCCGCUACCCGCCACAGAUGAACCGGGUUGCGGGUGGAACUGGUGACCUGGGUUACCCCUUCACCAGCAGAGCCCACCUGGGGGAGAACGCGUUAGCGAUGAAGAGGAUGAACUGUGACCUGAGAGUCAGACAGGUGCCACCGCAGAAACGGAGGGGUGGAGACACUGUGAAUGGGCUGGUGGUGGGGUCACUGGGGUCACCGGGGUCAGGGGGCUCUGUGAGUCCUGCAUUUGGCCCCAGAGACUUGGACAUAAAGAGGAGGUGGUUGGCAGAGGGCAGCGUGGCCCACAGAUCUGCAGAGGACCCCAGGGUGGGACGGGCAGUCCCCCCACUCCCAGCCACCUUCAACUGCAGCAACAGUUCCCAAUGCAACCCAAUGACUGUCAGUCGUGUGCACUGUGUCCCCCCCCAGUCUCCCUUCACCCAUCCUGCCCUUCACACUAACCAGCACAAUGGACUCCAGGUGGCCUCCUCGGGCUCGCCACCCAGCCAGACCUCAUCCGGGGAGGCCAACUGCAUCCCGACCCCCCCACCUCCCACGGGGGCCGGCUGGUCAGCCGAGCGCAUCGCCCAGCAGUACAUCGUCCCCUGCAUGAAGUCCUACGGCAUCUGUGUGAAGGACAACUUCCUGGGCCUUCAGCUGGGCGACAGGGUCCUGGAGGAAGUGGACGUCCUGAACCACAGCGGGAAAUUUAGCGGCGGGCAGCUGGUGAGCCAGAGGAGCAUCCCCUCAGGGAACAUCCGGGGCGACCAGAUCGCCUGGGUGGAGGGACACGAGCCCGGCUGCAGGAGCAUCACGGCGCUGAUGGCUCACAUCGACGAGGCCGUCAUGUACAGCGCCGCCAACGGACAGCUGGGCGACUGUGUCAUCAAUGGACGCACCAAGGCCAUGGUUGCAUGUUACCCGGGUAACGGGGCAGGGUAUGUCCGCCAUGUUGACAAUCCUAACGGUGACGGUCGCUGCAUCACAUGUAUCUACUAUCUUAACAAGAACUGGGAUGUGAAGAAACAAGGAGGGUUGUUGCAGAUCUACCCUGAAGGUAAAAAUGUGGUCGCCAACAUCGAACCUCUGUUUGACCGACUGCUCAUCUUCUGGUCCGACCGCAGGAACCCGCAUGAAGUCAAGCCGGCCUACGCCACUCGCUAUGCCAUCACAGUCUGGUACUUUGAUGCCAAAGAGAGAGCAGAGGCAAAAGAGAAAUACUUAUUAGCAACGGGACAGAAAGGUGUUCAAGUGCCUGUCACUCAAAACAACAGGACAUAGACAUCUGUUUGGUGGAGAGCACUCUGAAACGUUAUGUGCCUUCCAAAACCGCUGAUGGACGUUGUGAUGGUAAAAGGGAGACGCUGCUAAACUGUCAGUCGACUCUGCAGCUCCAGGCCACUCUGAACAACUUCAGCUCUCAGAUCCAUGUUUUCCUGCCAUUUGAUUGGCCUGCUGCUGAUCAAAGUUACGGCAGAUACAGAGCACAACGCACUGGAUUGGAUCGUGGUAAAGGUGAAUGACGCAUCGUCAUAACUGGCUCAGCCUCACUGAAUCAUCCAUGAAGACAAGAAACUGAAAAAAAGGACUCCUUGAUUGCAUUUCGUCGGGGUUUUGCCUGUUCUGUUAUCAGCUAUGUGACUUUUUAUGUUUUACUCUGCUCUAGUGUCAGUUUCAAUUCAAACACAAGAUGCAUAAAUGAUCCAUCAGAGAACAGGGGGUGAAAGAAGUCGUAAUCUAUGAAGUUGUAUGUGAAAGACUUGUUUCUCCCUUACUGUGA